AUGGAGGCCUGCUGCGCGAUCACACCUGCCGAGGAACUCGUGGGCGACCAGAUAGUCCCAGGCGGCGGCCGCUGGGGUACUCCACACGCCGCCGGCCUCCUGGACUCCUGGUUUCAGAUGCAGACAUCUGAGCUGGAGUCGCUGCUGUACAAGCAAGAGGGCGCUUCGCUUGCGCCCGCCCACAUGGACCUUUUCGAUGGCGGGACAACUUCGCGUGAUGAUGCCUUCCUUCGCCCUGCCCUCUGGGAGGACAUCGCCUCUUCAAUCAGAAACAUUGACCCAGAGAAUGCGAAUAUGCUGGCUCCGCUUGGGGCUACUCAUGUUAAGCUCGAAGCCGACGACGCACUCCUCGAAGAAUGCGCUACACCCCUACUCAGUCCGUUGGAGAUCAAGACGGAGAGGAUUUGUGCGCCACCUACAUACGCACACCCGCAACCUCACCAACAUCAGCCAAUACAACAGCCGGCAACAUCCUUUUCGAAAUAUCCAUCGAGACUUGUCUAUAUGUCUCCAUUAACACCACCCGGUUCUGAUCAGGGUAGUCCUGGAAAUUCAAUGCAGGGUGGACCACGGCGCACACCCCCGCCGCCUUAUCAUCCACCACCACUACUCCGGGCACCCCAUGCCCCUCCGCAUCCUGUUCCUCAAACCCAUCAUCAUCCCCAGAGUCUACACCAACCGUUGCAAAUACCGCCUGUACCUGCGCCCGCGCCGCAUGCGCACCCACCGUCGCAUCCGCGUCUCGCAUCGCAUUCCAUCAAGUAUAACAGACGAAACAACCCUGAGCUGGAGAAGAGAAGAGUUCACCACUGCGAUUUUAUAGGUUGCACAAAGGUUUACACAAAGAGUUCACACCUUAAGGCUCACCAGAGAAUACAUACAGGAGAAAAGCCUUACACGUGUCAAUGGCCGGAGUGCGAAUGGAGAUUCGCGCGGUCGGACGAGCUCACCCGCCAUUACCGCAAGCACACCGGUGCGAAACCGUUCAAGUGUGCUGUCUGCGAGCGCUCCUUCGCCCGCUCCGACCACCUCGCCUUGCACAUGAAACGUCAUCUGCCUAAGACUUCUAAAUGACACCCAAGGAGAGGCGGCGAUCUGACAUUCGCGCCUCACGCUGCUCAGGAAGAGAGUAAUGAAAACCUCUUUUUAGAGUGCGAUCUGGAGACGAACCUAAUGGAUACAUUCUACAGCGUGCUGUGAUUUCGCAGCUGAAGUGGAAACCUCGACAACAAAAUUAAAACGUAUGCUAAAGCGAAACUAAAGAAAAAGUUACAUAUAGGUUUAACUAUAGCAUAAAUGAAAAUAAUUACAAAUACCUGAACUGUACUUUCAUACAUUUGUCAUUCGACAAAUUAGGUUUUGUGUCGCAAUACGUCAUUUAACCGCAAAAAUAUAAAAAUUUUAUAAUCA